AUGCACGACGCCGAGCAUGUGGGCGAGAAGCGGCGUCGUGGCGGGAGACGGCCGAGCCCCGUGUGGGCCUUCUUCAGCGAAAUCCGGACGCCCGACAACAAGGUGCACGCGUCCUGUAACUUCUGCGCCAAGCGCUGCGCCGGCGUGGCCUCGCGGAUGCGCACUCACGUGCUGAACAAGUGCGAGAAGGCGCCCACGGACAUCGAGCGGCUUCUGGACGAGGCCAACCCGCCCGAUUCACGCAGUGACACAUUCCAGACGCAUAGUGCCAUAGUCAUCGCCACAGAUUUACCCAUGGAGACUGCCAUUGCCUCGGGGGCUGGCGCAUCUUUCGUCGACACGGCGUCACCAGCCCCGGCCAAGAGGAGACGGCCCCAGCUGCAACAGAAUCAGCAAGUUAUAGCUCCAGUUGAGGAGACAAUCAGACCUCUAGUCACUCAUGACGAAGAGGAGGACGCGGGGGAGAUUGUGGCGACGUCGGAGCCUGAAAGUGAAGACGCUGAAGCUGAGGUUGAAGCUGAGGAAGAGGAAAGUGUUGCGGCGCCUCAAGUGUCUUAUGAACCCCCGCGAGCUCGGUUAGAAGGUUACUCGGAGCAGGAGGCUGCCCAGGUGCACCAGAAGCUGGUGCUAGCCUGUGUACUGAAUGACGUCCCCGCCACUUUCGUGGAAGAUGACGCGUUGAUGGAAGCUUUCACGUUGGCGCGUCCGGGCUUACCGCGGUUAUCAGCAGAGCAGGCGAAAACCACAGUGUUGCAGGAGCUGGCGGAUGCGGCUUCGAAGAAGAUGGAGGAGGAGUUGGAACGGUGUCAAGUGCUCACGCUUGUGCACAGACACUUUAAGAAGCAGGAUGAAGCGGCAACAGGAGCGCCAUUGAAGUGGUGCAACCGGUGGGUGGGCGUGGAUGAACAGCGCAGGGUGGUUCCGUUGAAGGAGACGCUUCGCAAAGUAGAGCCGUCAACUCUGUCGUCGGACGAAGAUUGCUGCAGAUAUUGCUCCCCGCGUGAGGAGUUCGAUGUAGUUGUAUCGAGUUUACGACUCAGCAUGGCGCCGGAGGCUGUGUUUUGCCUCUGUUGUGAGUGUCCACUGAUGUAUCGUCAGCUACGGCUAGAGCAGCAGCAAGCUCUAUCAACACCUGCCCAAGACCCUGACAGUGUCAGUGCCAUUGCCACCAAGUUAAAGACGCAGAUGCUGCUGAGCGCGUGCUUACUCCGCCAGUCGCUGGUCUUGCGGAAGGAGCUGCUGAACACGUUCCCGGCUCUUGUUGAUUUACUGAACAAGACGAUUUUUCUGGCUCAUAGCAUCUCAAAGAUCACACCGCUGCGGCCGCAAGUGGAAACCCUGCUAAAGUCGUCAAACUGGGGCGCUGUCCCCAGGUUGGUCAAACGUAUGGUGUUUUUGGAGAAAGACGUCCGUCGGUAUCAAGCCAAGGUUUCUGUGCCUUCCGAUGAAGUGUCGUCGUUUUGGAACAAGUUACGUCUCGUGGACAAGCUGCUGACCCCGUUUAACUGGAUGCUGGCGCUGAGUGAGGCCAAGGGAACGACAUCAGCGCAGUACGUUGUGCUCUGGCUGUGGCUAUUGUCAAUUAUCGAGUCCGCCACUUCGCAGUUACUCCCCAAACAGGACAAAGAGGCUUUUACAGCGACUGUUAUGGCACUGAUCGAGCACCACAUUGACUCCCACGAGUUGGUUUGCAUGCUAUUGGACCCUCGCAUCGCUGGUGCUGGGCUUUCAAUCUCUGGUAAGCGACGCGUUAAGUCUCUGGUCGUCCAGAUAGCGGAGCGCAUAUUUCCCAGUGAAGGCUUCAGCAGUGGCGCUGCUCGCACUCAACUGCUGACCCAGCUUGGUGACUAUACAGAGAAGUCAGGCGGCUUCGAGGACGUGGUCGCGUGGGAAAUGAGUGCGGGGCGGCCGCCCAAACUCUUCUGGAAUGACUUCGUGGAGGACGCCCCGUAUCUAGCGCGCGUGGCUCGAGCCGUGAUCUCCGUCUCACCUUGCGCGCAGACAGCGACCCAGGCGUUGGACCCGUCGCCCCCGACUGAAGAGUUCGCGUGGGAGCAGUCGUUUGCGGUGCAACAGCUGAAGUUCCAGGCUCAAAAGCUGCCGCCCCAGACCGCCGGUGGCGUGCAGCAGUACCAGCUGCUGCUAUUUCCUCCUGCUCCCUUGCAGGGUGGUAUGUCUGACGGCACGUUGUCCUCGGAGGUGGAUAAGGCACUUCGAGUUAACACGCCGCGGUGGUCAGCCAGCCUUGAGACCGAAGUCGAAGCCUACGUCACUCGCCAGCUGAGCUCAAUGCUGAAGGCGGAGGAGCUGGACCCGGCGCGCGCCGCCGCCGGCGUCUCGAGCUCCAGCGCCAGCGCUGGCACGAGCGACCACGGCCCAAGCGAAGACGCCGCCAACACCAACGCCGCGCAGGCCGAGGCGCCGCCCCGCGUGGAGGCGGAGGCCUGGGGCACGGGCGACGACGAGGACGGCUGGAUGCCCAAGCCCGCGCGCCUGCACUCGGGGCGCACGCGCAGCUGCGCCGUGUGCUUCGCGUCGCUGCAGUACUCGGCGGCCGCAAGCUGGGACGAGUACCUGCAGAGCGAGGAGUACCUGCGCCAGCUGCAGGCCAACGUGCUGCAGGACGCCUUCGUGUCGUCGCUGCUCUGCGGCGAGAACGCGGCGGGCGACCUGCCCACGGAGCACCGCAUGCACAAGAACCGCAAGCUCAAGUGCCGCCAAAGCGUGACCGACUACCGCAACAUGACGAGCGCGGGCGUCGUGGACCGCUCGGGCAUGGAGAAGGGCUCCAUCCGCACGCUCGAGGAGAUGCUCAUCGAGGCGCUGCCCACGCCCGUGUUCACGCACGUGCUGGAGCGCCGCCUGGCGGUGAUCUCCCACAGCUCCAAGAUCGCCUGCGAGCUGAUGAGUCGUGAUGGGGUCAAGAAGAUCCCGAGGCCUGUGGAGAGCGCGCCCGGCAACGAGGAGCUGCACCACUUGGCUAUCCACACGCUGUCGGCGCUGCUGGGCGCGUUCGACUAUAAGAACCCGCAGGCUUUAAGGCCGUUCCAGGAGCUGUCGCAGCUGCUCACGUGCUUCCCCGUGCUGUCGCUGUACUCGUUCUGGAGCCCAAUGAAGAAGGCGCCCGAUAAGGCCUUGCUGCUGGACAAGCACCAGGUGGAGGCGUCGUCGGUGACGUCGAGCUCGGACGCCCAUGGAGCGUACUGUGCCAUGGAUGGGAUGGACAGUACGUCUUGGCACUCGCAGCCGAGGCCCGGCAUGGUGUAUUUUGCGGUGAAGUCGACGGAGUUGGCCAAAGUGACGUCGAUCGCGAUUCAUUGGCAUAUGAAGUAUGUCCCACAAACGGUCGGUGUGCAGUAUCGUGUUGAGGGGAGUGACAGCUUUGUGCAGCUGGUGGAGGACCGAGCGGUGACAUCCUCUGGUCCGACGGUCUUUGACACGAGCUUCCCGCCGUCGUCUUGUGAGACUCGAGUCGUCAUGUCAGGCCUGCCAUCCUCGAAUCGAAAUGGGGUAUAUGCGAUUGAGCAUUUGAAGCUGAAUAUGCCUGCCCCUGGCUCCUUGUUUGCGGAUCCAAAGUCAACCUUGAAUGCAGUAGCGCUUUGGUUGCUUGGAGCUCUGGACGUUGCUGAUGAAGUUAUGGCGGCAGAAGCUAUCGGGGCGUUGCGGUCCUGGGCAUUGUCUACGGCGUCGCUUAGUGUGACAAUGUUAUUUGUUGAUAUGCUGCUGCGUUUGGAAGGUCAGGACGAGAACGGUGGCAGCAACCGAAUUGCAUCUUUGGCGUUGGAUCAGGGGCAUCUUCUUUACAAGGGAAUAAACGCGUAUCAUAUGGAAGAGUCCCAGCGUCUAGCAAGUGAUGGAGACAAGGUUGCGUUUGGUGAUGUGCGCAAAGUUGCAGCGACUUUCGAGUCCUCGGUGUGUUCGACUGGAGUAAUUGUCGAGGAUGGAGGCCUCGUUGUCCGUACACGGGAAACUAGCUACCAGUAUGCUGCUGUGAAUUGUGGUAUCUCGUCCGGGAAAGCUUCGUGGAAAUUCCGUCUUGACACAGAUACACAAGACGACGAAAUGACUUGCUUCGGUGCUGCUAUACUUCCUGUGACUGUGAGUGGAUACGAUUCGUCUCCAAGUCUUUGGAUGCUGCGAGGCUACAAUGGCAAUCUCUACGCGCGAGGGCACAAGCUUAGCAGAACUAUCGGUAAAGUACAUCCGGGUGAUAUCGUCCAAGUUGAUGUUGACAUGGGCGAAGGAACACUAGCCUACAAAAUCAAUGGCACCGAUUAUGGAGUGGUGUUUACUGAUCUCGCCGGCCAUGAGGUACACCCUGCUGUCUCCUUUUACGGCUCGGGGAAAGUAAUUACCUUGCUUGGAGUCACUAAAUGGGAUUGCACUAGCUCUGGACCAGCUGAUAUCGAUCCGGUUUUCCUUUCAAGUAUGAGAGAGUAUCACUUCUCGGUUGGGUACGGAACUUUGGGUAAAGGUAAUCAGCUUGGAUAUGCAAGCAAUGGGGACUCGAGCUCUUCGCAAGCCAAUGCAUCUGCGACAGGCAGUACCACGAUCCACGUUAAUGGCGAGGCUAAGCAGCGUUGCUUGUCGACACACCCGCCUUCGCACGGCGAUGCCUACGUGGUCUAUGAUCUGGCUGAAGCAUACCAUACUAUUAGUGGUGGGGUUGCAUUUAAUGACGAUACACGCAAUGAGUUCCUCGAGAACGGUGGCGUCUCGUUGAUCUUCGAGGUUGUUGGAGAUGACAAGUUGCUGUGGCAAUCCAAACCGAUGUCUGAAACCCGUCUGAUCGAGAAGUUUGAAGUUGAUGUGAGGAAUGUCAGGAUGCUGGAGCUUAAAGUGUCGUGCAUUGGUUCAAACCAUUGCGCGCACGCAGUCUGGGUUGACCCUUGUUUGCACCCUGUGGAAGAGUGGGUUUGCACACAGUGCGCUUUCGUCAACAAAGCAUCUGCAGAAAUGUGCACAGUGUGCAGAAUUGGAGCCCGUGGUGAAACCUUGGAUCCAGUUAAGCAGCCUAGCUCUGAAGAAGAAAGUGAUCAAGCUUCUCAAGCGUGUAUGACGAGUGAACACGUCGCACAACAUAUGCGCUCCCCCGGUGAGCUCGGGACGACAAUUAUUCGGCAAAUCUACGAUUUGUACCAGCUUCAGUGGGAACGUACGGGCUCGACGCUUUCGACAACGAAACCAUCUGUUAAGUUUGAGGAACCGUUUUGCCGACAACCAUGCAAGGAGGUAUUCUCGCAACUGUUGACGAUACUCCAGCGAUUCCGCGCUCAAUGUGUUGAUUCAAAUGAGCAUAGACAGCAUGCACGGGAUGGGUGCGUGCACAUUCUUGGGAUUAUCAGUGCCAAUUUGGAGAGCAUUUCAUGCCAUGACGUGAAGGACCCUUCAACAGAACUUGGCGUGUCACCCGAACUGGUCGCUAGUCUGCGAGGGGAACUUGAAGCAAUGGCGUGUAUUCGUGAGGAAAGUGGUGCUGUCGGUACGAAGUUGGCGGAGGAUAUUGAAAAGGCUGCUGCUCGGACUAUCGUGGCCGGGAUAUCCGUUUUAUAUCCUUCAGCGAUCGAGAAACUGGAGCUGCUCCUUCAACUGUUACUCGCCUACAUUGACCAUCCGUUUGAAAUCACAUCAGCGAGCUAUUUCGUACUGACGUCGGUGGUGGAGCUACUUGCUGCGCCAGGGCCAGACGGAAUACUAACGUUCAUGCCGUUUAUGGCAGCUGAGACUGACGAGGCAAUAUGGCCUUCUGCUGUAACAAAAACUGUCGGGCUUCUGAUGAAACUAGUGGUGAAUUCUCACAGGGGGCAGCUUGCCGCUGAUGCUGAUCGCUCUCGUAAUUGCGAUGGGCUUUCUGAUGUUGCUAUUCGCUUACUGAAGACGUAUCAGCUUUAUCUCCUAUCAGAAGCGGUUGAGCUGACAAAGACAAAUUCUAUUGAAAAUGACCCAGCCAGCCCAAAAGACUCGAACUACCUGCGAGUAAUGUUGCAUCGAAGACUUCAAGUUCAAGAAGCAACGAUCCAGUUUGGUUUUCUUUCGUUGAACGCUUAUCGAGAUCUGAUUGACAGCAUUGCCGGAUUUCAGGCGGAGGAGUCGUUUGUUCUCUCCCGGGAUGCGGCAGUUCGCCAGGCAAGCGUUCGUUCAUACAGGAUCCCUUUGCUCUCAGAGGUUCUUCCGUGGUUUGUGUCCUCCUUGUGCCUGCUACGUCGACAGACAUGGCUCGCUCGGCCAAUCCUACCGGCUAUAGUCCGACUUCUCGAAACGGUGGACCACUAUUGCUCUGAAUCGCAAAUCGUCAGUAAGUCGGCGCACCGAUUCCAGCAACUGGAGGCCCAUCAAAAGGCAAGGUUGAUUGAAUCACAGGAAGUUGAACGUGCUGCAGCGCUGGAAAGAGACCCGAGCUUUAGGUCGCACACAUCCAAGCGUCUCUAUAAUGUGUUCCACCAGCUCUACACCGGCGAGAAAGACCACUUCGAGGGUCAGAUCGGGUUUCAGUUUGAAGCGACGAGCUCGUUUUCUAUUGUCGCACUAGGACGCUCGGUCAAUCCUACCAGACACGGUGGCAGACUAACGCGUGAACAUACGAUCAGGUUGUGGGAAGAAGGGUCGCAGCUUCUUGUUGCGCAGGUGACAGUCGGCGGUAGCUCCAAAAAGGACGCACUUGGGUAUGCACUGGAGAUGCUACCAACACCUGCGAAAAUCAUUCAAGGGAAGCUAUAUCGAUUGACGACCCAGGAAUUUGCAAACGGAGGAGAUCCAUGGUACAAGAAGGAGAACUUGCCGGACGAAGAAUACGACGAGUCGUUCAUCAAGAUUUUGCGCGAUUGCUAUGCCUCGGGAUCUGUUGGGUUUCCGGGCUCUCAAAACAUGAUGGGGGCAGCGUAUGGUGUACCAACGUUUAUGGUGCAAGACGAAACACCUCUGGCUAGCCUUCCCCGUUUUGUUCCUCCGCACGGAUGCCUUUCACUUCGGUUCAACGCGAAGAGGAAAUUGAACUCAGUUUGCAUUAGCCACACUGGCACUUCAGCUUAUGUGAAAGAUGGCACGGACACUUGGCGAACUUGCCUCUUGAGAACGGCGUUCCUUCAUGGCGUGCAUUCUGUUGAUUUCGCUCUCAAGAGCUCGCGCGCUGGUAGGUCCGUGUCUGGUCACAUUUGCGUUGGAAUUGACUGGAGACAGCCACGAGAACAAACUCGUUUGAGUGUUCAAUUAUCCGCUUAUGAGGCGUUUAUGGGGGAGACGGCGACAAGUAUUGGAUGGAUGCCUGCUAUUGGUGCUGUCUGGGUGAAGGGCAAUCGCUACGAUUAUGGCCCAAGGCUUUCGGUUUCGGUGGGCGAUAUCUUCACAGUUACGAUCGACUACGAUUUACAACUGCUGGCGUUUGCAUAUAAUGGCAAGAACUUGGGGGUUGCAGUGGGACCUCAAGAGUUCCGACCGCUUGGCACUACCAUUGAGGGACUUCCACAAGUGGUAACUGCAGGUGUAUCGCUCUACGGCUCUCAAGAUGUAGUACAAGUUCGCCCGUCGGGGAUUGCAAAGUCAACGCUCCGCAUUCACUGGCUUUUCGAUUUGCACAAUUCGUUGGCCUCCCUGGCUGGGAGGAUAACUAGCACAUUAAUUGCUGGACAUCCCGUCGAUGGUGUGGAAGAGGAGCUAUUACCUUGGCUACAGUCGCCGCUACUUAGCGGGGGCAUUGCUGAGUCCCCAGCAGGAUUGGAUCAGUCAGGUGCCAACACACCAUUACGCUGGAAUGAUGCGCUUCAAGCAGAAUGCGCCCGUUACCCUUCUAAUGACCAGGGAGCUGGAAGUGGUGUCUUUACAAGCAUGACACCAAAUGCUCCAUCUAGUGUUGAAAAAGAAUCCAUUCUGAGAAAGCGUGUUUCGGGAGGGCGCUUAGAUGCUGUUGAAGGUGUCAACCAGCGUGAUCCAACUUUUUGGAGCAAUUGGACAAUGGAUAUGACGGAACGUGGAACCGUGCAGCUGAUAAUGUCUUGGUUGGAAAAGCACUGUCCCGAUCGUACCUUUAUGAGCCGGCUUGGGAAAUUCCCUGCGUGUGAGCGAUGGAUGUGCGCAGCUUUGAUCAUGCAUGCUCCACUCCAUGUGAUCCAGGAGGUGCAAGCAAUUGCUGCGGGUGCUGGCGCAAGUGCGGCGGGGGAGGUUCUCGGGGCGGAGUUCUUCCUUGCUCAUGCGAAUUUAACUCCGUCCGAUGAUCUGGUUCUCGUUUGGAAGCGUAUAUUGAUUCUUCGUCACUGGCUGAUCAAGGCUAGACAGGAGUACCGAGCGAAAGAAGCAGAUGAUCCCUCGCCAAACGAACAGACAAGAAGCGAUAUUCUACCAGAACAGGAGUCAAAGCGCUUGGGUGAUGAUAUCAACUUGGAACAAAGCGUGGUUGUGCCAAAGACGUUUGACGAGCUCGUCCAGCAAGUGGUGCACCGAGCUGAGUUUUUGUGCAAACUAGCGCCACCGUCAGAGGAAGUCGAGCGGCUUAAGGGAGACUCCCAAGUGGCGUUGUUCAACCUGGCUGAAAAAUGGAGUGCCCAAAAGACGCCUCCUUCCCUACAACCGAUGCUUGAACGAUGGAAAACGCUAGGGGAGGCAGAUAGUUCGAAAUGGUCUGGUAUCGUGGAUGUGCUGCGAGCUCAACAUCGUUGGAGAGCUCGUCGAGCCUCCAUCCAAGCUCUUGUCAUCCCAACAUCUACACUGGCUCCGAGUGCUACCCAACAAUCGACUGACAGUGACGAUAAUGAUGACAUCGACCCAGCAGAAGACGUGACUGUGAGCAAGAAAUACGACUACACAAGCACCUUCUCUGCAAUGAUGAAAGCGUGUGAAUUGUACAUUCGCGAUGGUACCGGAGCUCCACCUGAAGUCCUAGCGCUGUUGCUUGAGAGACGACAGCGGCGAUCUGAUUCUCGCUUGUUCGGUCUUCAAGCGAUGAAGUGCAUUAUAUCGUUGCUUUCGUACGACUCGGCCAUCCACAAUGCUCUGAUCUUUUUGCGUCCUGCCAUGAGAGGGUUCACCGACAGCGAGAAGGAGUCACGCGAGCUGAACGACGGGCAAGUUGUAGCGGAGACUUUUCGGGCUACAGUCCGUCACCAUUACUUGAAGGGUCUAGAAGGCUGCAAUCGACAGACUAUCGACAGCGUUCAAGGCGCUUUCUGUGAUUUAUACGCGUAUCUGGCUCAGUUGCUGGGAGGGAGCUCCGGCUAUAGUGUGUCUGAUCCGCAGCUGAAGCAAACGAUUCUGUGCGCGUGGAGUUUGGAUUUCGAGCCACGAGACCACCAGUUCCUGCUAGAUACUGGGAUGUUGUCCAAGCUGCAGGAAAUAUUCUCCAUCAGCUCUGUUCUACGAGAGGCAGUUGCUGACAGCAACUGUUCUAGCAGUACCGACAAUGUUUCGACGUCUAACAAUCUACGCCAGUACUCAACUAUCAACUGGCACCCCCUGCCAGAGGAAUUUGUUCAGCAAGGACUGUUGCGGAGCGGCUACAUGACUAAGCGCGACGUGAUUCGUCUGCUUCGCCGGGCUCCUCACUAUGCCUGUCCUGCGCAAUGGUGGAAAAAGAACGAUUUGGAGGGCGCGAAUGAUGCGGUACCAAUUACAUCACGCCACACAGCUUCAUCGCUUUCCUUGCUCUAUGCUGAUAUGCUGGCUGGGCUCCAACGGAAGCUGUUGGGGCCUCCAGCUCGUGCACCCAGCUCUCAAGCGCUGCUCUUUGGCGCGAAGAUAACACCAGCAACCACGCGUGGUGCACAAGCGGCGACAAACCCAAAACCGGACGAUGUUAGCUACUUGGAGAUGCCAGCUCUGGGCGAGACGAAGGACUUCACGAUGGAAAUGUGGAUCAAUCCAACCGAAUUGACGGGAUGUCAAGCAUUGCGAUGUGAUAAUGGCAUGGAAAGUGGCAGUGUGUACCUGGAGUUAAUUGGCCGACAUUUGCAACUAUCGAUUCCAGGCAACUUCCCUCGCGAGCGGCUGUUUAGAUCAAUCCAGCUCCGCACUUUUGAAUGGACCCAUUGCUCGGUUGUCUAUGAUUCAACUGCACGAUCUGUUGAGCUUUAUGUGAACGGAGUGUUCUCGGAGAAGAUGACCUUCGAGCGUGUCUGUGGCAACGUACAUUUCCGAGCUGCUCGGCUCGGUUGUUGGAUGAGUGGUGUUGACGCGCAAGGUGCAGCGCUCACAAACAUUUCAGCUCAACGCAAGUUCAAGGGCUCAAUCGCCGAAGUUCGAAUAUGGAGAGUUUCUCGCACCGGCUACGACAUUCUACAUAACUACCAGCGAAGUGUUCCACUAGUGAAGUCCUCAACUGGUACGGCCCUGACAAAAUCACAAGUUUUCUCCGAGAACUUGAUCGGGCUGUGGCAUGCAACGGAAGGAGAAGGCAUCUGCGUCUACGAUUCCGCGCCUGUUCUGAAACACGCGACCGAAGGCCCAGACGCUAGGAGCAACAACUUAACAGCAUCGCACUGCCGCUGGAUUCCUACAAGUAUACCAGUCUUUGGGAACGAUACUUUGGACAGUUUGCAGCCGAAUGUGUGGAGUAGGGUCAUUGCAUGCAUUCGAUCUUUCCAGCGAAAAGUUCGAUUGUGGCUGGCGAAGCAGUUCGAUGAAUCAGCCAGCCUAUCAAAGCUGAUUUGUGAGCACGAUGAGCGCGCCGCUCUUCAAAAGUGGAGUCAGUUGUCUCGAGUAGGGGACGACGAUGAUGAAAUGGACUUGUCAGAUAGUGACGAUGCCUACUUGAGUGGAGGAGAACUUCCAACUGGAAGCAGCCAGCCAUUGGAUACGGCUGCAAGCCAACUGAUCGCGCAGUGGAGUGCAUGCACCGAUGAACAAAUGAUUAUUCGCAAGCAAACUAGGCGAUGCGCGUGGGUUGUUUUCCGUUUCUUGGCGUCGACUGGUAUUAGUGGAGCUUACGAGAGACGAGAGGGAGAAGCGAAGUCUGUCGCGGCCUUUGCGAAGCAAAAGCGAAAACAGCGACUUCAGAAGGCUGGUAGCUCCGGUAAUGUAGCUGUUGUUGCUAGCGCAGAGACCUCACGCCCUCAGGGCUUAAGUUUCAUGGAAGAGGAUGCAGCUGCCCGUUCAGCCGAAGCUGCCAGUGAUGCGGCAAAAAGCGCAGCUACUAACAGAGAGCUGGAAGAGCCCGUUCUUCAGACGUUGUGGUUCUCGAAAGAAUUCCAUCGAAAAGUAUUUGAGGUUCUUGAAAAGGAGCUGAUCCAAGGCAAAGAACUGACAGAAGAAGCUGAAGGGUUGACGCGUGCUCAGCGAAUGCUUCGUUCAGUAUCGACCCCGGUCCAAAAGCGAGGUGCAAGUCUUCGUCAGUAUCCAAGCGAUGUAGCUCGUGGAAAAUCCGGCUUUGUUAACAUCCAUCAUGCCCCGAGCGACUUGACGGGAGACGUCGAAGUUCUGGAGCCUCUCGAGGUGGAGACGCACAUGUUCAGUGUCCUGUUGUUUAUGCUUUCUCAGAGCCAGCAAUCUCCGGCGAUCACAUACCUAGUACGCCCUCACAUGCUCCGAGGGUUGCUAGAAAUGCUACGGCUGGCAUCACCUCGAUCUCAGCGUGUUGUCAAGCUGCUUCUCCGCAGAAUCUGCUGCAGCGGGAGUGUCAAGCCGUCCGACGUAGGUGGCAUUCUUGGUUCUGAGUCCGUGCUGAUUGAUUUGCUACUUGAUCAAGUCGCCGAGUCUGUGUGUAGCACAGCUGCACCGAUGCCAACGCACGCCGUCAAUGUCCCACCGAGCAGUGCAUUAGCUGGAACGUCGGACCGAGAGAUCACAAUGGCAUCCGCAGAGUCUUUAAGCAACCCUAUUGGGUUCCGCUCGGGUCAGAUCUCACUGGUGGUCGCUUCAGAGAGUGUGGCGUUGUUGCGUCGGCUACUGAUGGAGAAGAAGUGGCAGCAGGGGGUUGCUGAAAAUCUAUGCAACGCUAUUCGCAACAUCGCUCCAAUUCUAGCCAGGAAGAAGUCUGGCCCACCGUCUCCGGGCGUAAGGGCAGCCCCAGAUCCAUCGGAUAUAAGAUUCCGAGCAGCAAUCAUUCGUGCUGUCGGAGCUCUGUGUGUACUCGGCUCUCAUUCGGAUUGCGUGCGAGUCGGUGGAAAAGUUGCUGUGGCUGCACAGGGUCCUAACAGUACGAGUGACGUGAGUGCUGAUGGCAGCGGCCAAGCAGUAAGUGCAACGCUAAUUGAGAUGAACUCGCAAGCUUCGACUGUUCGCGUGGUGUUCCACCCUACAUCUUCGGAAAUCGAUUUCGACCCCAGUCACAACAUUCAAGACGUGAAGCUGUCGGCUGUGUCGCCCACUGAAGAAAUUUGUUUGCCUCCCACGGCAGUCCCGCUAACAAUGGACAUGAUGCCAGUGAUUCUUCAGCUCUCGUCCCUGGAUGAAACAAGCGUCUUGAAAGAGUUCGAUAGUCUGUGGAGACUUCAAAUUCGAUCUCGUGCGCUGUUGGCGCUGGAAGCUCUGCUGCGCCACUCGCUUCAAGUUACGAGAAGCUUCGCGCAUGACAUUAUGGCGCAGAAUCUGCUUCGGUUCGCUCUCACACCCAUCAGUCUUAACAGCUUUCUAAGCCUUCCGCUGCUGCAGGAGCGAGGGCGAAUGAUUUUGUGCCGCCUGAUAGAGUCAUCAACGCCGUUAGGGGAAGCAAUGUUUCACGGACUACAGGAUCCAACCCCACCGGCCCUCCCAGCGUCAGAUUCGACGGAUACUUCUGGUGGUGUUGAAGCUAACGAUGAUCCUGCUGAGGAAGAAACCGAGGCGCAUCGGGUUCGUAGGGGCUUUGCAUCCACGCUGGCUGCGAUGGGUUUCGAGUUCGACUUAUGCAUGGCUGCACUCGAACAUUCUCGCGAUGACCCUAACUUGGCUGUUGAGUGGCUGAUGGGGGACGGAGCAGCUACCUACCAGGAACGUCAACAGGCGCAACGCCUAGCACAGGCAACUAUUGCAGCGCACGAAAUGGCUGAUGGUGCUGAAGGAUCCCCAGGUCUGACUCUUGAAGCAAAGGCAUCAGAACUUCAGAAUAUAUCCGGCAUGCCUUACUGUUUGGCCUUCUGCGCCCUGGAGCUCUCGAACAGUGACCCCAAUCGCGCCAUGGAGUGGUUAAUGGAGCACGGAAGUAAUUACGCGGAGAAGUUUGACUCUCUGGAUCUCCUGACGGACUCAUUUUCUGCUGCGAGAACCGUGGUCCUGGAAGACCGAGCGGCUAUGGAAGAGAUUGAUCAACCGGACCCGCUAGUUACAACCUCCGAUCGACGUGACGCUAUUGCUGCGGAGUAUUUGGGCUCGGCUGCAUCGUCCAGAAGCACGGAUCUAUCAUAUGCUCCGAAUGUUGAUGCAAUGGCGGUGACUCUAGCUCCAAUUUUGGCGCCCGGACCCGCCAAACCCGCAUCGGGAAUUUCAGCAUCGCGGGAUUCAAGCCUGACAGCCUUUUUGCCGCUUGAUCCAGAGUACUUAACGCCCAAUGUUCUCUUGACGGUAACCAGUGAUAUCGGUCCUGUUCAGCGAUUAGCUACUAGCGGGCGGACUGGUAUCUUCAGGCGUUAUUCACCGGACGACGGUGUGCUGAUUACUUUCUUGAAUACGGAGUCUGGUGCGUAUGAAGACGAGUGGCAUUUUCCACGAGAUCUACGCAGACUUGUGAAGAUCUACGACGAACCGCUGGAGGGGGUGGAAAGCAUACACCGUGUUGCUCUGAGAACGGAAAAUGCUCUCUCCACGUAUUACGCUAGACGUGCGAUCACAGCUUUACUCUGUGCAUUCGAUUCGGCUGGGAAGUCGACAGCGAAUGCAUCAAGAAUCACCUCUGACGAGGCGCAAGCGCUCGAAGACAAGCCACCGUCGCUGUCUUCAUCUUUCUCGAGUGAAAUCUUAAGUGUGGUGGGUGGGCCGCGGCAAUUUGUAAGUCUUCUCAAAAUGGUGGCAGCCUCUGAAAUGAACUCGACCCAGCACGCGGAAGUGGAUGGGAAAAGCAGUGCUACAACUGGAGCUUCAGCCACCGGGGGUAGCGCGUCGGGUGUUGAUAGUUCGGAACAACCAAGUUCCUUAUUGGCAAGUCUUCAGGCUAUCACGCUGCGGAUGCUGCGUGAAGAAGCGCGCACGGAAAAGUUCGAGCAUUCUGAGGCAAAUCCACCCAAGCCGCGCCCUGGUUCUCCGAAAAGAGAUCAAGCAAGUGCUCAUUAUGGAAGUAUUUCUGAGUCUAUCAGCGAACAUUCUGUUGUUCCUGAGGUUUAUGACUACGGUGAAGAGGACGAGGAUGAUGAGGCUUUGAACCGAGCAAUUGCAAUGUCUAUUGAAUCUGCUCAGCUACCUCCUGCUCCUGCAGCAGCCAUCACACAGAGCACUGAUGCGGACUGGGCUAGCGAAGAGAGCAAGGGUGAAGACGCUUUGUUCAGAAUGAGACGGACCCGCCAGCCGUCCGAUACCGAGGCGCAAGAAGUUGCUAGCGCCUACUUAGGAGGCGGAAUCGAUGAUCAUAAUGGACUGCUGUCGAGUGUGCUGGUUAAAGAGUGCGUCAGUCACUUCGUCGAGUCAACACGAAUGGCAGGAGACGGCGCAGGCGAGGCAGCAGUCCAAGAAUUCCAGUCGUUGCACCCGUACUUCGGACGAUGCGAAUACGCUCGUGCUGUGAGCAUCGACAGCUCAUACCGAUGCUUGCGGAUAGUGUUUGAUCAUCGUUGCCGACUGGGGCCCAAGGCGAAGUUGACGUUCUAUGCAGACCCAGAGUGUGAGAGCCGGAUUGGUGUGGUGGAUAACGCCAUGACAACUUCAGGCCACCUACUUCCGGACUUGAUCAUCCAUUCACACCAAUUCUGGUUCCGCUUUGCCGCGUCAGAAGAGAACGUCACGAAAGACAACGGAUAUGGGUAUCGCUUCCAGGUGAAGCCAAUGGCUAGUAUCCGCUGGACGAAGGAGUCCGAAGUGCUUGCAAGCCCCUCGCUGGAAUGGGCAUGCUGGGUCCUAGAACUUUUGCUGAACGAUGCGACGGAGAUGGUAACUCACGGAGCUGUGCACAACCGCAAAAUCUACGGCGCACUUGUGCGCUAUCUGCGUUCUCCGGGAGCUCCGUUUAAGGGACGUGUUGUGCGCCUACUUCAGCAGUUGUUGCACCACCCAGAGCUGUUCCCCGCAGAUGAAAUUCCUGAACUUGAUGCACUCGAAUCGAUCUCGAGGCUCGCGGUGACACGAGCAGAGGUGGACAGAGCGAGUGGCAAGGUCUUCCUAUCCUCUCAUUUACUGCAGUUGGUGGAGCUAUCGAUGGUGAUUUCCUCGGCUUCGUCAGUUUUUGAGCGCAAGCUAAACGGUUCGGCUGCAGCACUGGCGCCACAAGUAAUUACACCCUUCGAUUUACCUGUGCCUUUCGAGCGGAAACGCGUGCGCGACAGUUUGAACGACGUGUCCGAAUUGACAAGGUUCCUUCUUGGGCAAACCACGCGUCUUCCUCAGCACAUUUUGGUUGCAAUUUGGCUGGAGGUGUACGGGUCUUCCGCGGUAAUCGAGACUGCCCACCCGUACACUCCUGGGGCGGCGCUGACGGGGCACGUAGCGUUCGAUGCUGCCCAAGCCCUUCGUAUUACGUUCGACUCGCGCUGUUCACUUGCGCCUGGGCAAGGCCAGACGAUGGCGAGGCUGGAGUUGGCUAGCUUUAUGCUUCUUCCCCGUGACGAUGGCACCGGUGAUGUCGUAAAGGAGUUUCGCAGCAACCGGACUUACGCGGGAGAAAGUGGUUGGCCUGAGGCUGCCAUUUCUCAUGAAGGCAACAAUCUGGAGUACAAGUUUCACGCGGAUGAGAACGCAGGCGCUCAUUUUGGUUUUGCCGCAACAGUGAAUGCGCUGGGUAUUCCAAAGGAAAAGCAACUAGCUCGCGCGACUGCCGAUGACAUCGAGCAGCUCCUCCAAAGACUCCUACUGAUGCAGACAGAUCCUGCACCGGAGGGUGAUCAGUGGACGCACGGAAUGGACUUGCAGCUCGUGGACUGGGUGAACAACCAUGUCGAGCCUGCAGCGUCAUUACCGUCAUCCACGCCCGCGACAACGAAGCACUCUGUUGAUCUGCAGCCAGCGGAUAUUAAGCUAAACCAAACACUGGACGGCUUGCGCUGCUCGCUGUUGUUGGGGCUCUCGCUGGAGUUGCUGCAGCUUCGUUUCGCCUUGUUGAAGUACCUGAAUCUGAGCCUACAGCACUGCUUGCCGCUGCUAGAUCUGCGUGAUACCAAGUCGCCGUGGACCAUCGCUCACCGACUGCGGCAGCUGAGCCAUUGCAUUUUCUUCGACGUGAAGAGCGCGCUAGUGGAAGCCGCUAUCGAAGCCACAAACGUCGCCGGAGAAACCUCUGGGUCAAGCUCGCAACAGCAGACGGCGCGUAUCACGCUGGAUCGGAUGCAGGCACUCGAAUCGAGGGAUGAUCGCGAGGUGGAGCCGUCUGUGUCAGAGUGUUUCUUCGCCCAAGCGUUCCGUCAGCUGAACCAGGUAGACCCUGCACUCUUACGGCGGCAAAUCGACAGCAAGGGCCGACUUUUCAGCGUCAAGUUCCGCGGUGAAGAGGGUGUGGACUGGGGUGGAGUGUAUCGCGAGGGUGCUACCUCCAUGGUUGACGACUUGUUCUCGCCGCACUUCAGCUUGUUCGUCCUGUGCCCCAACGGCCAGCACGACACGGGCAACAACCGCGGAAUGUAUCUGCCCAACCCCAAGUGUACCUCGCCUGUGGCCAUGCAAAUGUUUGCUUUCGUUGGUCAACUACUCGGAAUUUCGCUGCGGACGCAUGGCGAUUUUCCUUUCAUGUUGCCGUCUCUGGUGUGGAAGCAGUUGCUUGGACAACCCCUCACGCGGUCCGAUCUGGAGGGCACCGAUGCCAUGUUCAUUCAGAUGCUCGAUGGAAUUGCUAACUGUGAGAACGACGGUAUCUCCACGGAGGAAGAGUUCGCUACAGCCUUCGCCGGACUUGAGCUGCGCUUUACUGCCUCGUCGUGCACUGGCGAAGAAAUCGAGCUUGUGCCUGGAGGCCGCCACCUGACUGUAGGAUUCUACAAUCGACUUGAGUAUUGCCGACUUGCAGAGCGUGCUCGGCUGGAGGAAUGCAGUGCGCAAGUGGCCGCCAUGGCUCGCGGCUUUGCUACUCUGUUCCCUCGACGUGUCCUGACACUGCUGACUUGGCAGGAGCUUGAGAUACUCACGUGCGGCUCGCCGAAGAUCGACCUGGAUCUGUGGCAGCGGCACACGCGCUACGACGGCUACGCGGAGGACGACCCGACGGUACAGCUCUUCUGGGAGGCGCUGGCGGAGUUCUCGGACGAGCAACGAGCUGACUUUGUGCGCUUUGCGUGGGGCCGAAGUCGCCUGCCGAGAGGCAAAUGGCCGCAGCCCUUCAAGCUGUCCAAGAAAGGAGGUCGGGACGCCACGCGCAGCCUGCCGGUCGCACACACGUGCUUCUUCUCGGUCGAGCUCCCGCCCUACACGUCGCGCGAGACCAUGCGCUCCAUGCUGCUUGCGACGAUCACCUUCGGACUGGGCGGCAUCCUCAUGGCUUAA